UAUGCAUCAUUUAAACACUGUAGCAACUGAAAUACAAAAGGUUUUAAAUAGUCUACUCUCCUAAAAACGAGAAGACCCACAUUUUUUCCCCAUUUUUUGCACUGUGCACAUUAUCUAACAGAUUCUUGUUAACGGAAAGAUGAGCAACCCAGAUACGUUGAGCGAUGUAGGGACCUCUGCCUCCCUGACUCCGUCCACAUCAGCUCAUGUUAGGACAGUUUCCAGUGGAGCUAAGAAAAAGAAAAGGAAGCGAGCCGGUCGUUCCCGGGGAUGGAGACUUCUUGGUUGGAGAUGGGGGCGCUUCAAAUGGGUUCAAAAGAAGAGAUGCUCUGGCUGUUCAAGCCCUCAUCCACAGAGCACCCAAAGGCAAAAAAGCAACAGUGCAGCCCAGAACCAGACUGGUCAACAGGGAACACCAGUACAGUCUACCAAUGAACAGGACAUCACCUGCUGCCAGUGGCUCUACCACGGGGCUCACAUUAUUAAUGACAGCUGCAACAUUGAGUUCAUGGCCGGCAGAGGAAAUUACAUGCAGAAUGGUUUCUUCCGACAUGUUGCUAUGUAUGGAAGUGCCUUCCUGAACAGCGGGGGAGGCCGUCUGGUUGUCGGGGUGAAUGAGGACGGAGUGGUUUAUGGCCUGUCCUUCAGCCAUGAAGAGGAGCACGAGACUCGCCUACAGGUGGACGUGAUUCUAAAGCGUCUCCAGCCUCCUGUCCUUCCCCGAAACUACAGCCUGCAUUUCCUACCUGUGGUAAAGUCUGGGGUGGAGGCAUCUCGCCUCAAGGUGCUGUGCCUCACUUUCAGAGCACCUUCAGCCUUCAGUGAGCCAAUCCUCUAUCAGACUGAGCACGGGGAUGUGUUCAUACGGCGGGAUGGGAACACUGAGGGGCCCCUGUCUAACUCUGUAAUCCUUGAGUGGUCCAGACAGAAAUGGAGUCAAAAGAAGCAAGAGCUAGAACACAGACUGAAGGAGGCUGGGUCUGAGUUGUCCUCAUUAACAGCACAGGCGGACUGGCUUCUCCAAUUCAUCAUAACCUUGCAAGCAGAGCAGAGCCAAGCCCACAACAGCAGAGCCCCAGAUGUGGCACUGGAAUCCCCUCUGCAUCCAGGACAUGAGCAGAUGUGAAUUUGUCUGGUUGUGAAGUUUGCUUGAGAUGCACAGUAGCAAAAUUAAUACAACAAAAGCACAGUAA